AUGUGUCUCACUCCAUAUCUCAGCACUCUCGCCCCGGAGAUCCUGGAGCUCAUCAUCGAGGACACACAUGCUUCAGCCCACUGGCCUCUUGCGCAGACGUGCAAGUAUUUAUACCUCAACUCACUCCCAAUCCUCGACCGCCAUCGCAAGGCAUGCCAAGAGUAUCGAGUAUGUUCUGAUCUCGAUCCUUGGACCAUCUCCAAACUCUGGUGGAGUGUCUUCAGUGAAGGUGCCGCUUCUAUCGAGGCAUGGCACGUCAGAGAGUUUGAGGUCUGGGUCGAGAGACAAGAAUACGAAUACUGGACAGUGGAUGCCGACACUGGCAAGAGGAUUCUACACGAGGAUGUGAAGCCCAGGUCGCUCUCUCGCCACGAGAUUGACUAUCUUUGUACCAAGAUGAUGAAGCUGCCGCGUUUGUAUGGUGAGCACAGGGAUCUCAAUGAAGCGUUCCGGGGAGCGUUUGAAGGCGGAGAUGGUCCUGUCAAAGCCUUGGUCCUGGCCUAUCUGCCGCGCAUCCAGGCUAUACGCUAUGCCCAGCUUGACGACGACCGCAGGAAUGAGAGCCUCACCUCGCUGUGCUAUUUCAUCUACUGGUGCAAGUCUGCAGGGACCUGGCUGCCUGGGUUGAAUUCGCUGGAAAGAGUUGCCGUCGGCAUAGGCCUUGACCGAGCCGGAGUCGAGGUAGAAACCCCGGAGUACUUGAAGCAGUAUGCCGAUGAGUUCUGCGCCUUGCUGUGCUUGCCAAACCUCGCUGAAAUUUACUAUUCUCAUAUGGGCGGGGAUCUUCCACUGGGGUGGGAUUCUCGUCUUUUCCCAAAGGACAUCCACAUACCCUCGCUGGCCAAGACAUCGUCCGUCAAGACAAUCAUUCUCGACAUGCUGGAGUACGAGCUCAGCGACAAACUGAUAGACUAUGUGACUAGCACUCCGCGCCGUCUUGAAAAUCUGGCGAUCCGUUUCCGCGGCAACAACUACUGCGAAGACGAUUAUCCAGAAAUCGCCGAGAAAUUGAUCGACCAACUCGCCAAACACCAGGGCUCGUCUCUCCAGCGACUGUGCAUACAUGAUGACCGACAGGACUACACAUCGGCAGACAUGAACUGGAGGACCCCAGACCAGCUCAAGUCUUUUGGGGACAUUCGCGUGGCCAACGUGAGCUGGAAGGCGAUAGAGACCAGCCUGGGCAUUACCAAAGACGACGUCCGAUCCAGUUCCCGAUCCGAGCUUCUUGGUCGGCUCUUCGAGGUGCUCCGAUGCGGUCUACCGGCCACAAUGGAAGUCGUAGCAUUCGGCCAGUUCAAGUUUGAAAACGAUGACCCUAUUUUCUUACAGGCGGAUGGGGAGGAGACUGCUGACUCUGGUUUCGAUUACGUGGAUGACGCGGUCGAGGUGAUGAUCACAUCGAGGCAUUACAAGAACCUCAAGGCAGUUUUUCUACAGGACAUUCAGGAACAGGCGUCUUAUAACUAUGGUCGCAGCCUCCGCUUUCCCAAAACCAUGAAAGCGGUAGAGAGUCGAGGGAUCCGUGUUUAUACAAAGGAGAGUAAACCCCUCCCUGGGCUCAGCACUAAUGGCGAGUUCGUGCCCUAUCCAAGGAGGGAUUGUAUGGUGACGGGUCGGUUUGAGGCUGAAGAUAGAGAACGUCUCUACUGCACCAAGAAGCGGUGUGCGUUUUAG